AUGGCCUCGCUUCCGCCAGACCCUGGCAAGCACCCGACCAUACCUCUGACACUGUCGAACACCUUGACCAUGCCAACUACUAUGGCCACCGUCAUCGUUCACCGCAAUGGCGUCUCCACUUCCAUCCGGGUGCCGGCAACAGGCAUCAUCCGCCAACAUCACCCAUCCUCCUCCGAAAACGACUCAGCUUCUGACACCACCGACAGUUCCGUUGACCUGCCCCUCACCGCACGCCAACUUCGAUCGAAGCGUGCUGCAGACACGUUCCUUGUUCGUCACGACCGCACCAGGAACCCGCGGUCCCCUUCUCGACCGCACCACACUCACAAACCCACAAGAAUCCACGCCCCACCUGGCCCGGCACGCCCAGCUCCGCCCCAGAUGGCCUCUCCGAGGAUGACAGACCUAUCCAAGCUAGACAGACACGCAAGACAAACACCGCCAACCACCCAGGUCAAGCUCCAUCACUCCAGCCUCGUCCAACUAUGCCACCCGCUACGAUUCCUACUCCUCUUCAGCCCUCGAAGUCGGCCAAAGGUUCCUCUACACAGAGCUCCCUACCGGGCAUAUGGCGUCGAUCCCCUCCAACCGCCCUGGCGCCCCAUCCCAUCACCCUCCCCAUUUCCACUUCACACAUCACUACACCCAUAUCAGCACGCAUUACACACUGCCAUGGGCCUUCACAGGCAACCAUUCCUGCCAUUCCAACAUGCGGCCACUGCCUCCUCCUCCAAGCAAACCAAUUCCCCUGCAAAUCACGCACCACCACAUGAGUACACCCCCUACUCCCACACGCAGCUCUCAUCCCCACGCCCUGCUCCGUCCGAUGUGCAGCCCUCGACCACCCUUGCAUCAGCACCUGCCCCCCCAUGUCCCGCCCCAGCUACACCACCACCAACCAUGACGCCCCCCCGUGUCACGCUCUGGACCACCACAUACCCUGCCCAUGCUGACUACCUCAACCCCAGUCAAAUACACACUACUAGGCUCCCUAGUCCCCACCCAUCGGGACAUCCCACUCCAUAA